ACAUUAAUCGAUCUCUGUAGUUUCCGCCCUCUUAUUUCUGGGGUUUCCCCCUUUUUCAGCGUUUCUCAAAGUACGAACUUGUAGGAGAUUAAGACAGCUUGUUACUUUUCCAUUGAUACAACAGCAAGGUUCCUCCUUUUGUUCCUGCCUUUCGCCGAAUUAGCUGCCUCACUCCAAAGCCCAUCAUUUGUCGAAUCCUUCGCUUUCCCAAAAGGUUGCGUUUUGAUCCUUCGGCGACCCACUCGCCUCCUCCUCCAGUACACUUCCAUGCACGGAGUGAUCGCACAUACUCGUCGAACUCAUCCUUAAUGGUUCUCUCUCAGGCUGCCUAUCUCGUUCCCUUGAAGGUGGAUUUGGAGGAAGAUGAUUCCAUCCCCAGAAUACCUAUAUCCGAGGGACCAAACACCAUCGGCCGUGACAGCAUUCUCGUUGCCGAUAAACGGCUCAGCCGUAAGCACCUCACAGUCACCGCCUCCGCAGCAGGAGGGAACGAAUCCGGUUGUUGUUAGGUCCCGUGGCGAGAGAAAGAAGGUGUAUUUGGGUGAUGAGGUGUCAGUUUCUGAUGGUGAUGUUAUUGAGAUGAUCCCUGGUCACCAUUUCUUCAAACUUCUGGUGCUUCCCGUUGCAAAUCGUGACAAGGUGAAAGCAAGCGGCGUUUGGGGUGAGUCUGAAAUCGGUGAAAGCCAUGAAAGAGCAGCCAAAAAAGCUCGGAAGGCUGUAACAGGAGGGGACGAUGCUGAGGCUAUUCGACAUUUUCAUUUGCCUGAUGAAAAACUCCCUUUGACAUUUCGGUUGUUGCAUGUUCAAGGGUUGCCAACUUGGGCCAAUACCUCUUGUGUUUCCAUUGAUGACGUCAUUCAGGGAGACAUUGUUGUUGCAAUCCUGUCGAAUUACAUGGUAGAUGUAGACUGGCUGAUGUCUGCUUGUCCAAAGCUGGCCAACAUACCUCACGUUCUGGUCAUUCAUGGGGAAAGUGAUGGUAGGCAAGAUUAUAUGCAGAGGAAGAAGACAGCUAAUUGGGUUAUUCACAAACCGCGGCUGCCUAUUUCUUUUGGCACACACCAUUCUAAGGCAAUGAUUCUUGUCUAUCCUCGAGGGGUGAGAGUUAUAGUGCACACUGCCAACCUGAUUUACGUUGACUGGAACAACAAAAGUCAAGGUUUGUGGAUGCAAGAUUUUCCUUGGAAGGAUAAGAAAGAUUUGUCUAAAGGAUGUGGGUUUGAAGAUGACCUGAUAGAUUACCUCAGUGUUUUGAAGUGGCCGGAAUUCACGGCAAGCUUUCCAGAUCAUGGUAAUUUCAAGGUCAAUGCAUCUUUCUUCAAGAUGUUUGAUUAUUCUGAUGCUGCGGUCCGACUAAUUGCAUCAGUCCCUGGAUAUCACACCGGGUCUUCUUUGAGAAAGUGGGGGCAUAUGAAGCUGCGAACGCUUCUUCAAGAAUGUACCUUUGAUAGAGAAUUCCGUAGAUCUCCUUUAAUUUAUCAGUUUUCCUCCCUCGGAUCUUUAGACGAGAAAUGGUUGGCUGAGUUUGGAGCUUCUCUGUCUUCCGGUUUAUCGGAUGACAAAACUCCUCUUGGCCCGGGAGAUCCGCUAAUAAUAUGGCCUACCGUCGAAGAUGUCAGGUGUUCCUUAGAGGGUUACGCAGCUGGCAAUGCAAUUCCGAGUCCGCUGAAGAACAUGGAGAAAGCGUUCUUGAAGAAGUAUUGGGCCAAAUGGAAGGCGGGUCAUAGUGGUCGCUGCCGUGCAAUGCCGCAUAUAAAGACAUACACUCGUUACAAUGGACAGAAGCUUGCUUGGUUCUUGCUAACAUCGUCGAACCUCAGCAAAGCAGCAUGGGGAGCACUUCAAAAGAACAGUUCCCAGUUGAUGAUCCGUUCAUACGAGUUGGGGGUCUUGUUUCUACCUUCUCCUGUAAAAAAACAUGGCGGGGCCAGGGGUAAGUUUUCGUGCACGGAGAACACGAAUUCAACCAAGGGAAAGCACGAGUUGUUAAAGAACGAUUAUGAAGCAGAGAGGACAAAGCUGGUGACCUUGUCCUGGAAAGGACCCUCUGAUUCACCAGAGAUAAUCUCAUUGCCAUUGCCUUAUGAACUGCCUCCUCAACCGUACUCACCUGAAGAUGUACCGUGGUCAUGGGAUCGGCGAUACACCAAGAGAGACGUGUACGGUCAAGUUUGGCCGAGACAGGUUCAGUUGUAUGCGUCCGAUGACUAGUUUAAUAAGGCUUUUAUAAUCAUUACAAUGAGGUUUUUGUAUCUAUAUAUAUAUAUAUAUAUAUAUAUUAUAAGGUUACGUUAGUUGUCUACAGAGAUUCUUAUGGUCAUCCUGCAACAAUAUGGUUGUUCCAUGUUUUGUGUCCGAACCAUGCAUGGAAUUUUUUUUCCUUCAUUCGGACAAUUGGCAGAUCAGAUUUUUUCAAGUGUCGGAUAUUGCAUUUACCGGAAGUGAGUCAACCAAAGAGAUUCCCUUAUAGUUUUGUUCGAAAUUGAAUGGAUCGUAUGUGAAUAACCGGAUGAAUUCGUAGUAAACCGGCAAUUAACGACGUCGACUCAGAACCAGAAUUAAGGGUUUGAUUAGUAAUUAAUAGAUAAUUAAAAGAAAAUACGAAUCAAGAGGAUUGGGGGUUAAUUGUCGGCUAAUCAAAUCGAGGAUGAUACAUGUACGAGAGGCGUGAGAAAAGAAAAAUCAGUGGCACAUAUUCGAUGGGAGUUAGAAUACAAACAGAGGAAGACAACACCUCACGAUCAGUGUCGAUGUUUCGAAGAACAUGCGUCUCUUUCCUUAGGAUUUGGCAAUCAUCUCUGUGUAAAUUAAAUUAAAUGGCACCCACAUUGCUUUCAAAUCA